AUGCCUCCAGAGUCUCCUAGAAACGGUGACAAAACCAUGUUCAUCCACAAAGAUUUCUCACUAGGAAAACCCCACAAACGACUACAGAUGGUGUUCCGAGCCAUAUAUUUUGUUGUUUUUCUCUCCAAGAAAUCCCAAACCCUUUCCAGGGUUCUACGCAGCCCAUCUUACGUUGCCAUUGAUGUUCAACCCAACGACGAUCACUUCACCUUCCGGGAUAUCGACCCAAAGCCACUUUCUGACCUGGUGAGAGACAAAAACUUUGAUGGCCUCCUUCAAUAUGGAGGGGUGAAAGAAAUUGCUGCAAUUCUUGAAACUCACGAAAAAGCUGGUAUCAGUGGCAACAUGAAUGACAUUCAGAACAGAAUCGAUGUUUUCGGGUCGAACACGUACCAGAAGCUGCCUGCAAAAGGUUUCCUCAGUUUCGUGAUCGAAGGUCUCAAAGACACCACCAUAAUCAUACUUCUGGUGUGUGCAGUAUUGUCUCUAGGGUUUGGAAUUAAGCAGGAUGGGCCAAAAGAAGGGUGGUAUAAUGGUGGAAGUAUAAUUGUUGCUGUUGUUCUAGUCGUUGCAGUCUCUGCCAUUAGCAACUUCAAGCAAAACAUACAGUUUGAGAAGCUUUCAAAAGAGAGCGGCGACAUAAAAGUGGAAGUAGUGAGACAAGGGCGGCGCCAACCCAUCUCAAUCUUCGAACUUCUUGUUGGGGACAUUGUUUAUUUAAAGAUCGGCGAUCAGAUUCCGACGGACGGGUUGUUCUUGGAUGGUCACUCCUUCAAGGUAGAUGAAUCUAGUAUGACAGGUGAAAGUGACCAUGUUGAGAUUUGUAACAUGAAUCCAUUCCUGCUCUCUGGUACAAUGGUGAUGGAUGGCUAUGGCCGCAUGCUUGUCACUUCAGUAGGCAUGAACUCCGCAUGGGGCCAGAUGAUGAGCUCGAUAACUCGAGAACUGGAUGAGCAGACACCUUUACAAGUUGGGCUUAACAAGCUCACUUCUUAUAUCGGGAAGGUUGGUUUGUUGGUGGCUUUGCUUGUUCUAGUGAUUUUGUUGAUCCGCUACUUCACGGGAAACACAGAAGAUGAAAGUGGGCACCGGGAAUUCAAUCGCAGCAAGACCAAAGCCAAUGAUAUAAUGGAUUCGAUUGUUCGUAUCGUUGCAGCAGCAGUAACAAUAGUCGUGGUAGCAAUUCCAGAGGGUCUCCCACUGGCUGUUACUCUCACUCUCGCUUACUCAAUGAAGAGAAUGAUGGCUGAUCAUGCCAUGGUUCGGAAACUCUCAGCUUGUGAGACAAUGGGUUCGGUAACUACCAUCUGCACAGACAAAACAGGCACACUCACAUUAAACCAAAUGAAUGUCAUUGAAUUUUUCCUAGGAAAAGAGGAAAUGAAGGAUAAGACAACUUCAGAGAUAGCCCCGAAUGUUCUCGAAUUGCUACAAGAAGGUGUUGGUCUAAAUACAACUGGUGAAGUCUAUAGACCAAUCUCUGCUUCAAUGCCACAAAUUUCUGGUAGCCCAACUGAGUCAGCCAUCCUCUCCUGGGCUGUGCUUGAGUUGGGUGUGGAUUUUGAUGAACUGAAGCAAGGUCAUGAGAUUCUCCAUGUUGAAACUUUCAAUUCAGAGAAGAAAAGAAGUGGGGUUUUGGUGAAGGAAAUAUGUCACAACACAGUUCAUACACAUUGGAAGGGUGCUGCUGAGAUGAUACUAGCCAUGUGUUCUAAUUAUUAUGUCAGAAAUGGUAUGAAACUAACCAUGGAUGACGAAGAAAGAGUGCAGUUUGAAACAGUAAUUAAAGAUAUGGCUGCUAAAAGCUUGCGAUGUAUCGCUCUUGCCUGCAAACAGUUUGCAAUAGAAAACCAACAGGAUACUGAAAAGCUCGAAGAAACCGGAUUGACCUUGUUAGGGUUGUUGGGGUUGAAGGAUCCAUGCCGACCAGGUGUAAGGGCAGCAGUUCAGUCCUGCAGAGACGCUGGAGUUCACAUCAAAAUGAUCACUGGAGACAAUGUGUUCACUGCAAAAUCUAUAGCCAAUGAAUGUGGGAUUAUCAAACCUGAUGAGGAUUUGAACAAUGCAAUAGUCGAAGGUGUAACAUUCAGAAAUUACUCACAAGAAGAAAGAAUGCAAAACAUUGAAAGAAUUCGCAUAAUGGCAAGAUCCUCCCCAUUUGACAAGCUGCUCAUGGUCCAAUGUUUGAAGCAAAAAGGCCACGUUGUAGCGGUAACCGGAGAUGGAACCAACGAUGCACCUGCACUCAAAGAAGCAGAUAUCGGGCUUUCUAUGGGGAUCCAGGGAACAGAAGUAGCAAAAGAGAGCUCAGAUAUUGUUAUCUUGGACGACAAUUUCACAUCUGUGGUAACAGUUUUGAAGUGGGGUAGGUGUGUGUACAACAAUAUACAAAAGUUCAUCCAAUUUCAACUCACUGUCAAUGUUGCUGCCUUAGUCAUCAACUUUGUUGCUGCACUAUCAUCUGGUGAAGUCCCACUAACAGCGGUCCAGCUGCUCUGGGUGAACCUCAUCAUGGAUACCCUAGGGGCCUUAGCCUUAGCCACCGAGCAACCCACUAAUGAUCUCAUGACAAAGAAACCUGUGGGUCGAACCGAACCGCUUAUUACCAAAGUCAUGUGGAGGAACCUCAUUGCUCAGGCCUUGUAUCAGGUAACAGUCUUAUUGAUCCUACAGUUUCAGGGAAGCACUAUCUUUGGUGUGGACAAUAAGGUCAAGGACACCCUCAUUUUCAAUAGUUUUGUCCUGUGCCAAGUUUUUAACGAGUUUAAUGCAAGGAAGCUGGAGAGUAAGAACAUAUUCAAGGGGAUACUGAAGAACAGACUGUUUCUAGGGAUUGUUGGGAUGACAAUAGUUUUCCAAGUGGUUAUGGUGGAGUUUCUGAAGAAGUUUGCUGACACUGAAAGGUUGAACUGGGUGCAAUGGGUUAUAUGCAUUGGAAUAGCUGCAUUGUCAUGGCCAAUUGGUUGGCUUGUCAAGUGCAUUCCUGUUUCUAGCAAAACACUUCUCAACCUGCCGACAAAUAGAGCUUUUGGAUCCUAA